UGGUUGCAGCAGUAUCUCAGUAACCGGCUCCGCUGACAGACAGAGGCAGUCCUCCUUUCUACCUACCUGCCUAGCUAUCUGUCUGCCUCGCCGUCGAUCUGUCUGUCUGUCUGUCUGUCGCCUCCAAACGUUAAGGUGAAUAUAAAGCUCGGUAAUGGAGACCGCUGUGGACCGGGGCUCUUGCUUUUCUCCCCGCCGGAGACACACAAACUCACCGGACGUAUAAGGCGACAGAUACCGCCGUUUAUCACAGCGACGCUAGCCUGUGUUUUCUUCUUCUUUUCUAUCAACACAUCUUUAAAAAAAAAAAAAAAGAACAGAUGCCCUGCUCGGGAAGUUACGGACAAAACACGGAUAAAUCCUCCAAGUCGUCUUCUCCAAUUUCCAAGAGGCGCUCUCACCGGAAGCUCCCGCAGGCACAGAUUCGCUGAUCCUAUCUUUAUUUAAAACCAAGGAUUUGGAAAGAGGUUGUGCUCCCCCUCCCCUGAAAUCAAAGCAGUGUAGUGGAGAUGUAGCUGACAUGAGGAUUUCUUCUUCUGUCAGCCUGCUCUUCCCUGACCUCAACAAGAAACUCUUCAGCCCCGCCAAUAAGGAACCCUCCUCCUACUCAGAUCGAGGCUUCUGAGAAAUGAGCUGCCAAUGAAUCACCUUCAAGGUCAUCAGUCAUCUCUACUUGGCCUGGGGGUCUUCUAGAGGGUUGGACCUCCUCGCCACCAUGAAAGGGUUGGGGACCAACCGUAACAGACACCUGUCUGACUCCUGUGAUCCUUCCGUAGGCCAUCCAGACACCCUCUACUCUCACAGGACCAGCACCCUGCCACGCAGCCCUUAUCUACUGAGCCCCACUAUGGACCAUUAUGGCACCAUGGACCCCAACCUCUAUCAAUCAGCCAACCCAGGCUCCCUCCCACCAGACUGCAUGCUCCCCCUCAACAACCAGCUGUCCAACAGCAGCACAUUCCCCAGGAUUCACUACAACUCCUACGACCAGUCUGACUUCUCCCCACCAGGGGACAGCAUCGGGGGGAUAAGCACAGGGACCAUGGGCACAUCCAUGUCUAUGGGUAUGGGAACGGGCAUGGGCAUGGGCAUGGGCAUGGCAGGGCUGAGUGGACGAACACCUAUGAUUACAAGUGGCUCAGCAACUAUAUCGCAUCACAUGACCAAGAACCAGGCACCACCAAGUCUUCUGGAGUUCGAUAAGCAGCUACCUGGAGGCCGUGACGGGUUCAGCACGUUGCAGUUUCAUCGAACGUCUGCUGUUGCUGCCGCCAAGCAGCGCACAGACAGUCCUGGUCGCAUCCGUUACAUGCUACACUCAGUGCAGAAGCUCUUUGCAAAGUCCCAGUCACUGGAGAGCCAACACAUGAAGGGAAAUGUCAAUGGACGCUCCACUGGCAGUGGUGGAGGCUCAUCUGGCACAGAUGACGGGGGGAAGCAGAAUCGCAGAUCUAAAAGUAAAGAUCGGGGUACAAAAUCAGAAGCCACUGCCAAGCGACGACCACGCUCCAACAUGUCAGGCUAUUGGAGCUCAGACGAUUUGGACAGCAGCGAUUUGAGCAGCUACCAUAACACCAUGGCCAUGAUGACUCUGGGGCGACCAACUGGCCACGACAGCCAGGGGGGCCAGAGCAGAUACAUCCACAGUGGCUACAACACUAUCAGCUCCUCCAAAAGCAGCAAUGACAUGAAGUAUCAGGCGCUUCCUGUGCCUGGGGAUGGAGGAGGUGGUGGACUAGGUGGAACAGGAAGAAUGGUAAUAAAUGAUAAUGACUAUAUGAAAGGAGGGUCCUGGUCCACACUGACCAUGGGCCAGCCGAGACAAGUAAUCCAGAAGGGCUCAGCUACUCUGGACAGGUCCAUGCUCAAGUCCAAAUCCUGCCAACAGGAACUAACCUGCAACUACCUGCAGGUUGGACGAAGGGGUGAUUGGAGCAGCACAUUAGGGCGCAGCGGGGGUGCCAAUGAAAUCCCAUGUCGGCGGAUGCGCAGUGGUAGCUAUGUGAAGGCCAUGGGAGACAUGGAAGACAGCGACGACUCAGAGGGAAGCCCCAAACCCUCGCCAAAAACUGCAGCUCGCCGCCAGAGCUACCUCAGGGCUACACAGCAGUCUCUGAGCGACCAGCUACCCCCACGCAACCUGAUUGGCGUGAGCAGCAGAACCCUGGAUUACACCUUGUUGCAGGGGGAGCUGGAUGCCCUGUGGUCUCCACUCCACAGUGUGUCCUCUCUGCACCAGCUGGGCAGGUCAAUGAGCAGCUGUCUUCCAUCUCUCCGAGAGCUCUCCAAUAAUCGCAGCCUGGACAACCUAGACUGCAUUGGGGGUACAGGCUCGUCUUUGCCAAACUGGGAUGAUGAUGACUUCAGCCAGGCCUGCAGCACCUUGGGCAGACGUAGCUGCAUCGCACAGCUACGGGACCUGGAAAUGAGUCAUCAUUAUGAGGACCGCAGCUCCGAGUCCACAUUCAGAGAUUCCCGUUCCCACUCUCAGGACAACUCAGAGCCUCCAGACUUGCCCAUGCCAACAUGCUUCCGAUCACGCAGCCACAGCUACCUUAGAGCCAUCCAGGCUGGCUGUUCCCAAGAUGACGACACAGCAUCCAUAGACUCGGGCUGCUCACCGCCUCUGACUGACGCCACUGUUCGCACCUACAGCACCAGCACCGACGACCUUCCUACACAGUGGAAGACAUGGAAAGAACAGUUUGGCUCUUACCUGAUAGCCACUGGCUUGGACAAAGCCCCAAAGGAGAAACAGCUUGCAAUUUUUCUACAGCGUUUGGGGACAGACAGACCACGCAUCCUACCCACACACACAGUCUCUACAUGUAUAACCACCUGUAAGAAGGCUGCUCCUCCGCCAGUACCACCCCGUACAACCUCCAAGCCCUACAUAUCUGUGACAGUACAGAGCAGCACAGAGUCAGCCCAGGACAACUACCUGGACCAGCAGGACCGGAGGUCAGAGGUCAACAGCCAGUCAAGCCACGCUCAUAGCAACUCAUCAGACAGCCUCGACAGCACCCGUGCCAACAGCCUGGCCCGGGGUAUUCCCCGCCCUCCACACAUCAUUCCCACUCCCAUCGCCACCCCAAGAGAGCCAAUUGCCCCCACCACCUCCAAUGCAUCCACUGAGACAAGUGACUCAGUUGUCCAGCAUGAAUCCCUGAAAUCAGCAUUACAUAAAGGGAAUCUAGUGGCAGAGGAGCCCCUAGUGGCACCAUUACCGAGGCGGAAACUGUCCUCCAUUGGCAUACAGGUUGACUGUAUUCAGGAAGUUCCACGAGAGGAGACCCCGCCAUUGGCCAAAUUUCAGUCAAUCGGAGUACAGGUGGAGGACGGGUGGCAACACAGUCGCUCCAGUAGCAUGGCCUCAAAACAAGAAACAGACUCAGACACACAGGACCUCCCUUUCAUCUCCCAUAUCAAUAAUGUCAAACACUCUUCUGAGAAGAAAGUCAUGGUCAAUAGUGCCAGCCAAUCCAUGAGUUCCCCUCCUGGACAGGACUCUUUAGACAAUGGAGACACUACUGGAGACAUCUCUUCACCUCCGCCACCCAGGCAGAUCCUCAACCGCUCCACCACACGAAGUAGCUCUUCUUCCUUCUCAGAAAGUCUGGACCCAGCGCUGGACCCCUCGUCUUUACCACCUCCAGACCCUUGGCUGGAGAGUGGGAAUGGGAGUAACAACAGUGUUCCCCAGAGCGGAGGAGGCGGGACGCUGUGUCGGAGAGAUGGCCACUGGUUCAUGAAGCUGCUGCAGGCUGAAACAGGACGCAUGGAAGGCUGGUGCCAGCAGAUGGAGCAGGAGACCAAAGACAACCAGCUCUCAGAGGAGGUGCUUGGGAAGGUUCGCAGUGCAGUAGGAAGUGCCCAGCUCCUAAUAUCCCAGAAGUUCCAGCAGUUCAGGGGACUGUGUGAACAGAACUUGAAUGUGAAUGCCAACCCGCGGCCCACGGCCCAGGACCUGGCUGGUUUCUGGGACCUACUGCAGCUCUCCAUCGAGGACAUCAGCCUCAAGUUCGAUGAGCUCUACCAUCUCAAGUCCAAUGACUGGCAGCCCGUGCCAUCUGCGGCUGCCCAGUCGCCCCCUGAGCGGAAGGACGAAGAGAAGGUAACCCCUCCAACAUCAAAGAAGCCUGGUAAGGGACGACCAUUGCUGGGCCGUGAGAAGAGUGCUGACUCCUCGUCCACCUCUUCUUCGGCCUCGGCUGAGAAGCAGAGACAAGAGGCUCGCAAACGUCUGCUGGCUGCUAAAAAGGCCGCCUCGUUUCGCCAGAACUCCGCCACAGAGAGUGCAGACAGCAUUGAAAUCUAUGUCCCCGAGGCCCAGACUCGCCUCUGAGAAAGACAGUGAGAGGGAAUGAUAUAGGGCCGGAUCAAAGGACAGAUAAGUGUCGCUGAAAUACAUGGAAGAAGGAGAGAGAGACUUUUGCAAUGCAAAUGAGCUACUCUUGAGUAAGCAUGAUGGAGGUGGGGAGGGGGGAUGGAUUUGGGCAUUUUUGACACUCAGUUAUAGGCUGGUCCUGGUGGCAUCAAACACUUACAAAACAAAACAAAAAAUUUAACUUUUGUGGACUCGACAGACUACGAAGCAGGAGACUCCUCUUUUGAGGCUGCCAUUGAAAACCUCAGCUGAUGAACUUAGUCAUUUCUUGUUACUACUCUUGAUAUCAUAAAAUUGUUAAUGAAGGUAUUGUUAUUACGACGAUUAUAUCCUAAAGAAUCUAUAUGAAGACUGUUUUAAACGUUACUCUAUCUUGGCUAUAAGAUCAAUUAAGUGGACAGAAGGCAAACAUUAAUGCUCUUCUGUUUCCCAUCGUCCUCCUCUCUUCCCAGAUCAUUGGCCAUCUUGUAGCUUUGCACAACACCACCUUGUGGCCAUCGCACACACACACUGCGCACACUCACUCUCUCACUCAGUCUCUCACACACACACACACACACACACACACACACACACUGCAAACUCACACAUAUGUACGUCUUCCUUGUAUUUAUUUGUUUACUUUAUUCAGCCUUUGUUUUGUAUAAAAUCUGUUUAGAUUUGUUAUUAGGAAUAUUUUUGGUAUGUGACAUUGAAAGUCAGAUUUGAAUGGGGUAUUUAUAUAGUUCCUGGCAAAUAACUGUGUGUGUGUGUCCUUCAAAAUGUUCCUGUAUCAAAGAUUUUAAACACUGGUGAGAGUCUGUAAAGUUUAGUUUCUUAAUGGUUUUGAAUGAAAGCACAUCACAAUAUAAAUGAUGACCGAGCAUGAGGAUCUUAAUUUAAGUCUGACUGUCAGUGGCCACAAUAUUGAUGAAUUUUAUUGUCUUUGUAGGGAAGACUUCAACUCCUUUUUAGUCUCUUUUUGCUUCUCUUUGUCCCAUCAACUUUGUUUUUCAUGUUUGUGCUCUAACUGCAGAUACGUGAAUAUUUCCGUAAGGGGGUUUUGCUCCAUCUGUCUGUUUUUAAUGGUUCUUUAAGUGCUUUUAAUAACCUCACUUAGCAUUCAACUCAUACAUCUCAACUGAAUCUAGGGCUUUUAUUGAAGUAAUGCAGCAGGCUGAGUAUGCAGGAUAAUAUUGUGUUAUUGUUCAUGAGGACACACAUUAGGACACGUGUCUUGCUGUUUUUUACCUUUUGUCCAAAAGUAUUUAUUUAAAUUUAUUUUGACUCCCAUCACUCAACAAAAUCAGUUUUAGUUCUUUGUUACCAUUAUUGUUUCCCCCCCUUUGAACAUCAUCCAAAGUACCUACACUUUUUUAUUCAAAGAAACAAUAUUUAAUUAAAGCAUUUCAUACAUUAGUCAUUGUGUUUUCAUAAUUUGUUAAAUGCUGCUUGCUUUUUUUUUCCAUGGAAGACUGCAUAAGCCAAAGAUGAAUUCACUGUUUUCAAAUUCAUCUCAUGUAUUAAAAUGUCAGCAGCAUGGAGCUCAACAGUAACUGUGCUUACUGUAAAAAUAGAUGGAGUGGACUGGAGCCACAGCGCCGUGUGUAUUACAGGUUUAACAUUUUGAUAUGCACAUGCCCGGAAGCUUAACUAGAACUGCCCAUCACUACUACAAUACUGAGUGAUUGUUUUGCAGCUUUCAGGACAUGGCCCAUCCCCCUUUCUCAGCCUGGAAACUCCUGUCUUGAAAAGAUUAAUUUCUGACCUGUAGAGGGCAACAGUGGUUAAUUUCCAGUUUAAGAUACUGUAGUAUACUGUAUACACACAAUGGAAAGGCAUUCACACUAUAAGACCACAGUCAGCCCUGCCCUGUUUUGCAUUAAGGGGACACAUUGUGUGGAUUACACAUAUUCACAGACUCCUGUCUCAUUUGAAGUGAGUUCCCAAAACACAAAGAGGUUUGAAAUGAGGCCUCUUGGUUUUUGAGUUAUUCAUGUAGGAUUUCACUCCAGAACCAUAAAGUCAACCCUGACAUCCACCGCAGUUGUUUGCCUGUCUUCUACUCACAUUUGGUUUCUUCCAAAUGGUAAGCAAACAAAACCUAACCUCCCCUCCCUAAUUAGUUAUGUUAAACUAUUGCAGCGUCACUCCAUUGCUUUGGCUGCUGCAAUGCUUCUUUCUCACCCACUGUGACCCAAAAAUGCAGCCUGGGGCUUUGAAUUGGAAAAGCCUGAUGACCACCAUUCUUUCUCUAUCUUGGCAAUAGCUUUCUCUUGAUGGCGGGCCUUUGUUUGCCUGUUGUGGAUGACUCUUAACAAGGAAAAUGGCUCUGAGGUGUCAAUAGCCUGCUCCCUGGUUGCUGUCAAUACCCCCUCCAUUUGACUGGGGUGGAUAGCAUUGUUAGCACCUGAAGGCCUUUUGUGUGACUCAGUCGUUAGCUUGAUUUGAUUUCUGACUGCCAGGAAAAAGAUGUGUCUGAAGUUGUUUUUCUGAAACGGGCAAUGUGGUGUCAAUAUAGGUUUAUACGUUUUCCACAAAUUUCAGACUAAACAUUUUUGAUGAUCUUUAUGUCAUGGAUAUUGAUUAUUCAGUCGUAUGGGUAAAAUCCUUGUAUGUGUAAACAGGCCAGCUUGAAAGGCAAUAUAUUGCAACAACUAGAUUUAUAUCGCUUUCCCAUAUGCAUCCACUGCCAUAAUAUGUUUAAUACAUAUCAUUCCAUUAUUUUUUUCCCCCAUUUACCUAAUUUUCAGGCCCAAACAACGCUGUCAUCCUUCCUCACACAAAACUGUAGUUUGAACGCACAUCAAACACAGUGUGGCAUCUUGAACACGCUGAGGGAAGGAGGGCAGGAAUACUCGCAAAGUUGUUGUAUCAUCACAAACUGAAAGGCGACGUUUUUCCAGCCCGCUAAAACUUGGAUGUGUAAAAUACCAAGAGAGGUCAGUGACGUACUUGAAAAAAACAAAAGAGAGUUCAUCUCAUGCAUUUAAACAAGGCUUCUCUCCAAUACACACAGAUAUCACUGGGACACACCUAGGUCUGUUUCCUGGCUAGGGUGAUCCAUGAUCCAAAUGGCUGCACUGUGUGUGUGUGUGGGGGGGGGGUAGUUGUCGCUGUAAAGCCAUUGAUUUGAAGGUGAUAAUGGUCCCCAUGUAGGUUUGAUGGAUUUGGCCUUUUAAAGUCAAAACUGUCACUGCUUUCAGCAUUUGCUUAAGCAGUGGUCUGUUUGGGUAAAGCUUUAUUUUGUGAAAUCAACACUUGUAUUCAGCUGCACCCUUUAAUGUUCUGCCUUCAACCAGGGUAAACAAUGGUGGCGUCUGUCAAGUAUGUUAUCAUCUAUAAAUGCAAAAAAGGCAAUAGUUUCAAUGUUAAGUGAGAUCAUUUACAAUGGGAAUAUUCUCAAAAUUGCACCAUAUGUUCUGUGAUUCCAACAUACCUUUCAAUUUUUCACUUUUUCCCUAAAAAAUGGAUCUGACAUUUUAACUCGUUAUAUAAAGAUUAGCUACCCUUUUAAGAUUGUUUCAUGUAUUUGCCACUUUUUCUGCAUUCCAGGACUGAAGGAAAAACAGGUUAGAUUAUUAGAGGCGAGAACAGAAGCAGUUUAAUCCCAGGAAGAGAGUAUACCUCAGCUGAGAUACCAGUGAAUCCACUCCCAUACAGUAGUCCAAAGGCCUGCUUGCAAAAAACAAAAACAAAAAGCUCAUUAGCAUCUCUGCUUUGUUCCACUGAGUCAGGCAUAAAACUGGGAAAGGGGUGAGGGGCAGAACCUAUGCUCUUACCAGAAGAGAUAUGAUAUAGCAAAAAGUGGCUGUAAAAAAUACUAGAACAAAUAUUUUAUGAAGCAAGCACAUAUUUUAAAAACUAGGAUCUGUUCAGUAUAAUACUCUAUAGGUGUGUAUUUCAGGGUUUGUGGGGGUUUAGUAUAAAAGGGUUGUAUUGUUUGAGGCAAAGUUGUGAGUGAGUGAGUGGGUGUGUUGUUCAUAAAAUGAGAUUUACCUAGAUUCUUGUCAACAUUUAAAGUAUAUGUGCAAUACUGAGUUAAAGGGUUCUUUGAUAUUAAGAUGAAACUAAUAAUCUUGCAUUUUCCCCCCUGUGCUUCUUAAAGUCAUCUUCUGUAAAUAAGAACAGAACCAGACUGAAAAUCUUCAUCUUUUACAAUGCUGUAGAUCUAUUUAUACUAUUUCAAAGUUGUUCAAAUGUAUAAUGGAGAGACGUAACAUUCAAUAAAAUGCACACAAUACUUUCUCAAAAA